AUGUCCAAAUUCAUUGCACUUGUUCUCGUCAUUGCGACUUUUCUACCCAAUGGAAUGUCAUCGGUUAUCAAACAUCACCCCAAAUCGUGUUAUGAAGUCAAAGAGUAUCUUCAAGCGACUGAAAAUGGAUAUUACAACUUAUUCGAUAGCUUAAGCAGUCCUUAUACGACAUAUUGUGAUUUCGAAUCAGAACCACCGUUCGUAUGGACAUUAAUAGAGUCAUUUUCUUUAGAAGAAGGUCAAAAAACAAUUAAUCGAAAAGGCUUUGUUGAAAAUCAUCCAGUUGGAGAAUGUCAUCUGUCAUGGGCAGCAUUUCGACUAUCCAAAAUCAGAAUGGAUACGGUUUUUGGCUCGUAUGGAUCAACACAUUAUCGUGCAACGUGUAAUUUUAAUGUUGUUAAUGGAACAGGAUUAGUAAAUCGUGUCGAUUACAUGCGUGGAGAGUUUUGUCAUAAUACGUAUAUAUUUAAGUCUUAUGGUGCAUAUCUAUGCCGUGUCGUUGAUUAUGUGAAUAUACGUGGACACGUCUGUCGCAAGUGUACAUUGCCAUUUUAUGCUACAACAACCUACCAUAAUCAUAUCGAUCUUACCUAUUCGGCUUCUCACUGUAGCAAAUUCGCUGUUCCAGAUGCGAUUACGAAUGAAGAUGUUUUCGGCCAAUAUUCUAAUUCUAAUCCCUUAUUUUCGUGUGUAGCUAAUAAAAACUCUACGACCAAUUGGUGGAUCGGUGGAGCUUAUGUUGCAGAAGCAUUUUAG